GAGUCUUUGUUGACGUUUGCUUAAAUGCGUGGAACAGGAUAUGUUGCUCAGUCCUAUCUAUUUCAUUGGAAAUUAUCAUAAAUCUAAACUCCAACUAGAUCAACAAGCACCGAGAUGGCCUCAGAUUGGGAGGAAAUUAAACGGCUUGCAGCUGACUUCCAGAAGGCACAGCUUUCUACGAGUUUGCAAAGAUUGUCGGAAAGGAACUGUGUGGAGGUGGUUAGUCUGCUCAUCGAGCGGGGUUUGAUCGAUGUGAUUUAUACCACAGAUGGCAAGGAAUAUUUGACGCAGGCUCAUCUGGCACAAGAAGUCAAAGAUGAACUGUUUGUUCGAGGUGGUCGCGUUAAUUUGGUAGACUUGGCCAAAGCGCUGAAUGUGGACUUUGAAAAGGUUCAGCGUGUGGCGGAAUAUGUUAUUUCGGAGGAUACGACAAUUAAGUUUAUUCUAGGUCAAUUGUUAGAUGAGACCUAUGUGGAGCGAGUUGCUUCCGAAAUCAACGAGAAGUUGUCCCAAUCCGGAGAAAUCAAUGUGGCCGACCUGACGGUUCACUAUGAUCUGCCAGCGGACUUCAUACUAAACAAUAUUAUGCUUAAGCAUCUGAACAGAAUUAUCAUGGGAAGACAAGACUCGGCGAAUGCCAAUAUCUUUUUCACGCAAUUGUAUGUUUCGAGGACCAAAGCAAAACUCAGAGGUGCAUUGGCCGCAAUAACCAAACCUACACCGGUUUCUGCAAUUCUUUCCCAAAGUGGGAUACCGGAAAGGCUGUUCAACAUGUUAAUAAAUGAAGUUUCAGUAUCAGGAAGUGUACCAUCGAAAUCUCCAAACGCUCAGUACAUUCCACAUGUUUACAUAAAGAUGCAGUCGGAGUGGGUUCGGAAUUUUUAUCGUCACAACGGAUAUUUGGAGCAUGAUUCGGUAGCUGGAUUGGGUGUAUCAGAUGUUAGAAAUUUCAUCGUUAAACAGCUGCCCAAUGAGAAGAUAGUUCAUUUGAAAAAGUGUAGCGUUGGAGAGAAGAUUAUCGAUAAUAUAACUUCAUCGCUGGAUGAAUGCAUUUCUUCCAACUCUUAUUUGGACAUUUCAACCAUACUGCCAUCGAAUAUGAGUGAUGAAGACACUGAACAGCUUAUUUCUAUCGUUCUAACGCCUGCGAAGCUCAAGCAAACCAUAAUUUUUGGAAACGUUAUACUUACAACCAAAUUCAUCGACGGUCUCAUCAAGCCCUGUUAUGAUAUUGCACAGGAAAAUGCUAGACAAUCUGUGGGUAAUGGUAGUUACCAGCAGUACAUGGCUGAGAAGCUUAUGAAGCAUCAGGAUGUGUCCGAAAAGGACACGUUUGGGAACGACGGCAAAGUGGACAAACGCGAGGAUCGCAGAAAAAAAGCUGCUGGCGGGAAAGGCGGUGGUGGCACCCAGGGGCGUGAGACGAAGACCAAGUCCACCAAGAAGCAUACUCGAAGCCAGAAGGGUAACGUUUCUGAUUCGGAUGAAGACAUGUCAACAGGUUAUGUGACGAAGAAAGGCUCCAAAGAGGCCUCCAUUGAACUGAUCACAACGAAGGAAAUCGCCAAGGUUUUGGAGAGCGGUUUGGAACCGGAAGGAUUGGAAGACCUUUCGAAACAGUUGGCCCAGCAUUACUAUCCGCAGCUGACCAAACACGCGUUGGCAAAAGCUCACGAGUUGUACGAAAUUUCGCUCCAUCAGAACAGCCAGAACCGUCGACAAACGCAUGCUAAUUUCCAGGAUAAGCUGAACAAUCUUUACAACGACAUUCGUUUGUACGAGAAAGGUAUUAAGCUGCUUCCGGCUAGCAUCCAGCCGCAGUUGGUGAAAUAUUUACUGAAAUCCCUUGGUACGGACUUUUGCAACGAAAUUUUCUUCUACGUUGCUGCCGAAUGUAACCUCAAUAGCAAUGGGGCAACCCUCACGGUUGAGCAGCGCAAUAAAAUCACCCAAGACUGCAGCCAGGAGUACAGGGCGACAUUGCAGAAGUUGAACAAAGCAAUUGCCGCCAGUGCAUCUAUCGAUGAUUUUCUCGAAGUCGCGGAAUCAUCUCUCCAAACGUGCAGUAUGAUACUGAAGAAGAUAGACAAGAAGAAGGAUAGGAACGUAAUUCUAUGUCACAAGCACGGUUUGCUCGAACAACUAUCGAAUUGCACGGAUCCGGCGCUGGUGCUGCAUUUGACUGUAUUGGUUGUCUUCACAGUCACCACUCAGAGCAUGUUACACGCUUCCGGUCGACACGUGUCUGCUCUGUUGAGUUUCUUGCAGCCACAUUUUAGUCAAGAGCAAACACAAGUUCUAACGAAUUAUCAUGAUCUAGUCAUGAAGCUUCUAAGUGCGGAAAAUGCUUCUGGUGAUAACAAGCCGGACGUUGAUUCGAUCACAAAGCAACUGGAGGCUUUAACUCCGGUAGUUCGAGAUGUUGCUGUUAACUUCAAGAAAUCCGGUUUGACUAGCGCCGAAUAAGUCGUGCGGGCGCCCGUAGCUAUAUAUUUGUGCCUCUAUUAAAGAAAAGUUCGAUAACUGCUUUUCGCUGUUUCAAUAAAUUGUGGUUUUCAAUCA